AAUAUAUUGAUUCGGUAAACCGUUUAAAUUAUGCGAGAAUGGAUUUAUUUCAAGUAGGCUGCUUCAUUUUGAGAAAGUGCAAAUGUGUUAGCAGACUUAGCAGUUCAAAAGGCGCCCGGGCUCUAAUAAGAAAAAUCAGCGAACAAACCAUUGUCGAAAACAAAACAUAAAAUGGACGACGAUCAUUGGGCAAUCUCUGGGCUUAAGCCUAACAGCAUAUCGACCAAGCAAAACCAUUUUGACGACAUCUUUGCUCACGUGCGCUCGUUCGGCAGCUACCAGAGAACGCUUUGGGUGGUGUUCUAUUUCCUCAUGUUCCCAGUCUGUGGGCAGUUCGUCUCUGUCGUGUUCGCAUUCGGGACACCCCGGUUCCACUGUGCCACGCCCAACCUCACUUGCUUUCCAAAUACGUGCUGCGACAACUGCACGGAAUACGAGUUUGAUGGACCGAUGAGAACUACGGUAUCUGAGUGGAAUUUGAUCUGUGACCGCGCGUACCUGGGUGCUACUCUGCAGUCCUGCUUCUUCGUGGGCAUGCUGGUCGGCUCACUGGUCAGCGGUUUUAUCUCGGAUGCCUGGGGGAGAAAAAAGUGCUUCUAUCUCUCAUACGCCCUCAUGGUCGUAGCGGGUGUCUCGUGCGUGUUUGUUGACUGCAUCUCCUUCUUCGCCUUCCUUCGUUUCGUGGUCGGAGCUGGCACGGCUGGGGCUAUGUUAUCAGAAUACGUGCUUAUCAGCGAGUACGUGGGUCCAAAAGCUCGCACUCUCAUUGCGAUCUACACAACCUUGACAUGGAUGACUACGGAAUUGGUGAAUUAUGCAGUAGCUUUCUUUGUUCGAGACUGGAAAAUUUUACUUGUGAUUUACACAGCUCCUGGUGUACUGGCGAUUUUCCUUUGGAGAUGGAUCCCCGAGUCCCCUCGCUGGCUGGUUGCCCAUGGCUACGUGGACGAGGCGCAUUCCGUCAUCAUGAAGUACGGGCCCAAGAAAGGAAAAGAAUCCGUGGACUCGGCCGCUCUGAGGGACUUGAUACAGAACAUCCGCCAGGAUCAGAUAAAUGAAGAGAAAGAGGCGAAGAAAUAUACUCCCCUUGAUAUGCUAAGAGGGAAAAAGCUGAGAAAGUGGACCUUUAUUCUCGCAUUCCAAUGGUUCGCUGUGUCGCUCCUCGCAUUCGGCACGUACAUUUUCGUCUCCCAGCUCGCAGGUGACAUCUACACUAACUAUUUUAUCAUGAAUGGUAUCGGUUUCAUCAAUAUACCAAUCCAGUGGGUUCUCUUUAAGAGAGUGGGAAGAAGGCUGACACAUGGGUGCUGUGCUAUCACCGUGGCUGUCGUGCUGUUUAUCAUGCUGGCCAUUCAUAAGGAUUACCCUUUGACUACGACUACUAUGGCAAUAGUCGCUUCGGUAAUUGGUAACAUGAACUGGGCCUCUAUCUACCUCAUUACUUCUGAGCUUUUCCCAACGCUUUUGAGAAACAUCGCCACUGGAGUAGGUUCUACGAGUGCUCGCGUUGGAGCCAUCAUAGCUCCGUACAUCGGAAUGACCGCACAGUUUCCAGGUCUCUCACUGGCUCUCCCGGUCUCAAUAUUUGGCGCGGUCGCUCUUCUAAACGGUGCGCUCUCCUAUUGGCUGCCAGAGACGCUGUUCGCCAAAAUGCACCAGACGAUCGAAGAGGCCGAGGCCGCUAAAGAUUAUUAUGGGAUACCUUGCUGCGGUGGGAAACCGCUGAGAGAAGAAAAGGACACAGAGUUACAGGAGUUGACCAUUCAACUCUGAGUUGUUCGUCGUCCCUUGUUCAAAGUUGUAUAUUACUCAGUUACUGGCAUUCUUUUUGGGACUCCUGUUUACCGUGUGGGUAGAGGGUCUGGUAAGAUCCAGCCCAGAGGCCUGGUAACCACAGGUAACCCGAAAACUCACGGGAAACCUAGGGACUAGCCAGGGACUAGGUUGGAAUGUUGAGUGUGGUGAACUAUGUUAUACUUGCUAAACUAAGCGGUAUUGUGUUAACAAACCAUUAUAUUUUGCUUUUUAUUCGAGAAAGAUAUUUGAUGAAAACAUAAUUCAUAAACGAUUUUUUUAUAAAUGUAAACGACCUAUUUACAAUAUUUACAUGGUUGACAAUACUUGAAAUAUAACAACAAUACAUUUUCUUAUAGCUCACUAAAAACCGAUAACAACA